AUGACCGCCAUCUCACCCAUGGCGGACCCUCUCACCGUCCUGCCCCCAGAGAUUGUCCUGCAAAUCUUGCACUUCACCCCUGUCUCCGCCCUUGCGUCCCUGACUGCGGCCUCCAAGGCUUGGCAUCAAUUUAUCGACGUCACUCACCAAGAAGCUAUUUACACAUCCGAAGCCAAAACUGCCCAGCCGCUUGGAGGUAGCCGCGAUUUCAACUUCCUCUCCGAUACCCACAGCUUUGCCAAAGUAUUUGAGGGCACGGAGUCAUGGAAAGACCUAUGCAAGCGCCAGACACUACUAGCCCGCAAUUGGGCCGAGCCCCAUCCAGUUAGCCAGGAAUCAGUGCUACAAAUUGGCAAUGAUCCCGUUUGGCGAUUCCGUGCCGACUUCAAGCGCCGGUUUUUCGUUUCCACUUCCCAUGCUGGCGGGUUGAACGUCACUGAUAUGGACACGGGCCGUAUCCUCUGGCAACUCCCUUCGGCGCAGGACACCGACGGAGAUGGAGUUCGCCAACACGCACACUUGGAAUAUCAGGAUGGAAUGGCUGUGUUUGAUAGUGAAGGAGAUUCGCUCGAGGUUUGGCAGACGGACCAUGAAGGUGCGAAGCGGGGAGAGUUCCGGCGCAUCGCUACCUUGAACCAUGAUUGCCAGACGAGAGGGUUCCAAUUGUCAUACUGGACUCUUUGUGUUGUUUCCAACGAGGGUCAGGGUUUUGUAUACGAUAUGACACAGCGACCUCCUACGUUGACCACACACUUGAAGAUUGAGAGAGGUGCCAUUGGCCAUCUGGACCAAAGCGAAGACAUUGUGAUCUAUUCGAUGGGUGCAAAAGGCUAUUUUGCCUACAACAAGGAGUCUGGUGCGUUCUUAGGAACGCUGAAGCCGUCGAAGUCUACGGAAAAAUAUCACAUCCUUCCUCCCAAAGCUGCCUCUGCUUCUGCGAGUGCAGCACUAGCAGGUGCUGCGAGACUUGGCCCUACACCUCAACCCCUCGCGCCUGGGGCUUUCCGAAAAGAUUGUUUGGUACCAAUUGAGGUCGCCAAAGGUCCACUAUCACCACCAGACGACCCAGGUCACGUGUGGCAUGGGGAGGAUGAAUGGGGAGCGGGGAUGUUGCACGGCGAUCUCUUUGUGGGCUUUUCUCGCGCUGGUCGUGUUUUUAUAUGCCCCGACUUCCACAAGGCUCUCCGUGACGAAGCUAGUCUUGCAGCGAACAGCUCCAUUUUGGAAUGCGAAUCAGACGGGUCAAGCUUUGACCUUGGUGGUUGGUUAUCAAUUCGCAACCACCGUGUGAUGUUCGAAAUUCAAGACCGGAUCUAUAUUGUUGCCCUUGAUGACAACAAUAGGGUUCAAAACGUGGAGAACCCUGCCCGUGCUUCGUACUCGCUGCUCACUAGCUCUGCGCCGCAGCUUGCUGUGCCGAUCAGUUACAUGGCGUUGGCUGAUGAUGCUAUUAUGACUACCUACACCACUCUCGGUUGGCGUGACACCAACGUUCCAGGUGGCAUACCUCCACCGCAAGGCAGAGACCUUCCUCGUGUCUUUCCUACAAAAGUCAUCCGCAUACUCAGCCUGGCCCCUAACCUCUCUAACAAAUCUUCAUCUGCCUCCGGCGAGACGGAUGAGCCUUCAGCAGUGGAUAGCGGCGGUCUUGGUAACUCCGUUCCAAAUUUGCCAUCCGAAGAUGCCUGGCGCACACAGGCCGGAUUGUUACAACUGCUUAGCAUGCUUGGCGAAGAAGCGGAUCUACAAAGCGACGUUGAAGAUGAAUGGGAGAGUAUGGACGAGGACGAGGACGAGGAUGAAGAUGAAGGUGAAGAGGGGAAUUAG